AGAAAAACCUCAUAUGUAGGCAGCACCAAAGUUUAGAGUUUCUUCCAUCUCCGCCCCUCGAUGCACGUUAAAUAGUGAAACCUGAAACUGUGGCAGGCCUGUCUGUGCAUGACGCUCCACUCUCCUCUGAAAACUGCCGUCUUAUAGCAUUAUGAAAGGUCACACGGGAGAUGUAGAGAACAUGCCCAAGGUGGAGCCUUCCAACGGGCACAGCAGGCCUCUGGACAUCACGCCGAACAUCGAGGAGAAGAUGACUGACAGGGGUCAGUGGAGCAACAAGAUAGAGUUUGUUCUGUCAGUAGCUGGAGAAAUUAUCGGUCUUGGAAAUGUCUGGCGUUUUCCCUACCUGUGUUAUAAAAAUGGAGGAGGUGCCUUUUUCAUCCCAUACCUCAUCUUCUUGUUUGCUUGUGGGAUCCCGGUCUUCUUCCUGGAGACAGCUUUGGGUCAGUACACCAGUGAGGGUGGAAUCACUUGCUGGAGGAAAGUUUGUCCAUUGUUUGAAGGGGUGGGUUAUGCCACCCAGGUUAUUGUUGCUCUCCUAAACGUCUACUACAUUGUUGUGUUAGCCUGGGCCAUCUUCUUCCUGUUUAACUCCUUCACCUUGGAUCUGCCUUGGGCCUCCUGUAACAACACAUGGAACACAGAUUCCUGUAUGGUAUUUCAGAGGGGGAAUAGCUCCAUCAAUCACCAUGAGAACGUCACCUCUUCUGUCAUUGAGUUUUGGGAGCGCAGAGUGCUGAGGAUUUCCUCAGGGAUCGACCACAUUGGUGCUUUGAACUGGGAUCUAGUUGCUUGUCUGGCUUUUGCGUGGGUCAUCUGCUACUUCUGUAUCUGGAAGGGAGUCAAAUCCACCGGCAAGGUGGUCUACUUCACAGCCACUUUCCCCUAUAUUAUGCUAAUAAUACUACUGAUCCGAGGGGUCACCCUACCUGGAGCCUCCAGGGGAAUCCAUUUCUACCUGUACCCUGACUUGGGAAGACUGUCUGACCCACAAGUAUGGAUGGAUGCAGGAACUCAGAUCUUCUUCUCAUACGCCAUCUGCCUGGGCUGCCUCACGGCUCUGGGAAGUUAUAACAAAUAUAACAACAACUGCUACAAGGAUUGCAUAUGCCUCUGUUUCCUGAACAGUGGCACCAGUUUUGUUGCAGGGUUUGCAAUUUUCUCCAUCUUGGGUUUCAUGUCCUACGAGCAAAAUGUGCCCAUCUCAGAAGUGGCUGAAUCUGGUCCAGGUUUGGCCUUCAUAGCAUAUCCUCGGGCCGUGUCCAUGAUGCCUUUCUCUCCUCUGUGGGCCUGCUUCUUCUUUAUUAUGAUUGUCUUCCUUGGACUGGACAGUCAGUUUGUUUGUGUGGAGAGCCUCGUGACAGCCAUGGUGGAUAUGUAUCCUUCUGUCUUUCGUCGUAAAAAUCGCAGGGAGCUCUUCAUCCUGGCAGUUGCUGUGGUUUCCUUCCUCGUUGGGCUCAUAAUGCUGACAGAGGGAGGCAUGUACAUCUUCCAGCUCUUUGAUUACUACGCAGCCAGUGGGAUGUGUUUGCUCUUUGUGGCUAUUUUUGAGACUGUUUGUAUCGGUUGGAUUUAUGGAGCCGAGCGCUUCUAUGGCAACAUAGAGGAUAUGAUUGGCUAUCGCCCAGGUCCAGUCAUCAAAUUCUGCUGGCUUUUCUUUACACCUGCCACGUGCUUUGGAACCUUUGCGUUUGCCUUGAUCAAAUACUCACCUCUGAAGUACAACAAUGAAUACGUGUACCCUUGGUGGGGGGAUGGGAUUGGCUGGAUUCUAGCUCUUUCCUCCAUGCUAUGCAUUCCUCUGUGGGUGGCAGCGAAACUCUACUUUACUCCAGGAACACUGAAAGAACGCUUUGUUCUGCUGACGACUCCCUCCCCUGACCUACCGAAGACGAAGCAGGAGCAGGAGAAGCUGCUGGCCAUCUUUGCGACAGAUGGAGACAAAUCCCAUCAAAAAACUUCGACCACGAAAGACGGCUACUGCCCUGUGGCUGAAAAGGAGUCUCAUUGCUAGAGGGCUGAGCGUUGCAGUCUGUUUUGAUACUUUUCUCUCAUACCUCACCAGACGAGGUGCAGCUGCAGAGUCAGCCUCCCCUCUGUCGGCCUCCUCGCUCCUGGAGCUUCUUGUCUUGUACAUGCCUUCAACAAAACAUGUAUUUCCUCCUUUGGAGACUAUGCUAACAUCUCAUUUGCCAGUGGCAAAGUAAUAUUGGAAAUGUGACCACUUUAGGUCCUGUGUGGCAAAGAAAUUUGCUUUCUAAGGAAGCAUUUUCAUCUGUAAUGGACAUCUCUAAUGUUCAGUUAGUUCAACAUGUGGGGUUACUAACUGCGUCAUCUGCAGCAGAUGGAGCACAAAAUGUGUCCCAGAACUGCACAAACUACAAAAGUUAACUUAAAUAAUGUUUGUAAUCAUUUAACAGAUUUUUUU